AUGGUCAAAGACUGCAGACAUGAUACAAGAGAUGGCCAAAGACUGCAGACUUGAUGCAAGAGAUGGUCAGAGACUGCAGACAAUAAAAGAGAUGGUCAGACUGCAGACAUGGUACAAGAGAUGGUCAGAGACUGCAAACAUGAUACAAGAGAUGGCCACAGACUGCAGACAUGAUACAAGAGAUGGUCAGAGACUGCAGAUAUGAUGCAAGAGAUGGUCAGAGACUGCAGACAUGAUACAAGAGAUGGUCAGAGACUGCAGACAUGAUACAAGAGAUGGUCAGAGACUGCAGAUAUGAUACAAGAGAUGGUCAGAGACUGCAGA